AUGGAUUCGACAACCGGCUGGGCUGAGAAUGUCACCGUAAACACCACCGCAUACGAUGCCUUUACAGUAAACACCACCGUUUCCGAUGUCUUCACAGUGAACACCACCGUCUACGAUGUCUUCUCGACGAAGGGGCCGCUUCCCAGGCCGACGAUUGACGUUGGAUUGAAGGAUUUGUAUGUUUUGCAGUGGUACGACCUGCUUUUUACGGUUUUGCUGAUGUUCUGGACAAUGGUAAGUGGGAGUUUUGGGGGUGUGAGGAUUCUUUAUGGGACAAAUUGUUGGUUUUAUAGCUUUAUUUCUUCAAAAAUCCGUGAUUUGGCGGUAAAUUUUUAAAUUCCAGAAAAUCCGUCAUCGUGACAUCUCUGAUGACGGAUUUAUGGAUAUGAAAUUUGAAUAGAAGUAUUUUUUGAGGUGUACAGACUGGUUUUGCAGAGUUUGAAGCACAUACGAUGAAGUUAUUAUCCAUUUUUGGCUAUAGGAUGACGGAUUUUUUGGAAAUUUCAAAAAAAUUUGAAAAAAAUUUUUUGCUUAUUUUUCCGCCGAGUAUUGUGAACAAUACUUCUUUAAUCGAUUGAAGAUAAAUUUGAUGAAUUUUCAGGCCAUUUCCAUAGCUUUCAUCAAGAUAUACACCAUGAUCAAUGGCCCCCCAAGCAUUCCGUACGCGCAAAGCACAGUGACCCCGUUGUUGGCCGGCGAAUUCGACGGUCCCUUGGAUCUGCUGACUUACAUCGCUUUAACUGCGUACAUAAUGAAGGUGAAACGGCGAAAUGAACAGAUACGCAGGAUAUCCGGAACCCGAAACGCAACAACCCCUACUGAAGACACCAGAAAUACAAUAAACACAGUUUGA